AGGAUAUUUUAUGUCAGGUACGUCAAGUGAACGUGUAUGUGAUAUGAUUACUGCGUGUAAUGUUCCGCACGGAGGCAUGGAGUUAGAUCACUGACGUCACUAGCACCGACGCAGAGGGAGGCAAGAGGAAUCAACAGCAGGACCAGCAGCCAACAUCAAACCAGAGAGCACCUUGGCAUCCCCCUAAAUAACGCAGUGAUAAGAGAUAAGAUGGCAACCUCCUCCUCAUCAUCAGCCAAUCUGGAAGAAGACGAAAGUCUGAAGGGCUGUGAGGUUUUCGUGCAGAAGCACAACAUUCAACAGAUCCUGAAAGAGUGCAUCGUAAACUUGUGCAUUGCCAAGCCAGAGCGCCCCAUGCACUUCCUGCGUGAGCACUUCGAAAAGCUGGAGAAGGAGGAAUGUAAGCAGAUCCUGGCCCGACAGAAGUCCAACUCCCAGUCCGAUUCUCAUGAUGAUGAGGUCUCUCCUCCUCCGCCCAACCCGGUGGUGAAGGCUCGCCGGCGGAGAGGUGGGGUCAGCGCUGAGGUCUACACCGAGGAAGAUGCAGUCAGCUACGUCAGGAAGGUUAUCCCAAAGGACUACAAGACGAUGACGGCUUUGGCCAGGGCCAUUUCUAAGAACGUGCUCUUUGCCCAUCUGGACGACAACGAGAGGAGUGACAUAUUUGAUGCCAUGUUCCCUGUUACACACAUAGCUGGAGAAACAGUCAUUCAACAGGGUGACGAAGGGGACAACUUCUAUGUUAUUGACCAGGGGGAGGUUGAUGUGUAUGUAAAUGGAGAGUGGGUGACCAGUAUUGGGGAGGGGGGCAGUUUUGGCGAGCUGGCCCUGAUCUAUGGAACUCCACGUGCUGCGACUGUAAAAGCCAAAAGUGACCUCAAGCUCUGGGGCAUAGACCGCGACAGUUACAGACGCAUUCUAAUGGGCAGCACAUUGAGGAAGAGGAAGAUGUAUGAAGAGUUCCUGAGUAAGGUUUCUAUCCUCGAGUCUCUGGAGAAGUGGGAGAGGUUAACAGUGGCUGAUGCUUUGGAGCCUGUACAGUUUGAGGAUGGUGAAAAGAUUGUGGUGCAAGGAGAGCCAGGGGAUGACUUCUUCAUCAUCACUGAGGGUACAGCUUCUGUUCUGCAGCGCAGAUCUGAUAAUGAGGAGUAUGUAGAGGUGGGCCGUCUCGGACCCUCUGACUACUUUGGUGAGAUCGCGCUGCUGUUGAACCGGCCGAGAGCCGCCACUGUGGUGGCCAGGGGACCGCUGAAGUGUGUCAAGCUGGACCGUCCGCGCUUUGAGCGUGUCCUGGGCCCCUGCUCCGAGAUCCUCAAACGCAACAUCCAGCGAUACAACAGCUUCAUCUCCCUCACAGUGUGACCCGCCCUCACGCCCCACCCAUACACUCGAGGCCCCGCCCGCACACUCCAGGCUCCGCUCACUCUCUCCAGGGCCUCACUGAGUUGCUCGGGGGCCUCAGGAGCUUGGUACCUGGUUGCAUGAAAUGGUUCAUGAUGACUUAGUUAGUUUCUUUUAAGGAGUUCUCACGUGAUCUGGUGAUGCAGACAGGGGAUUUUAUUUAUGAAGUUUUUUAUGCAACCACGCCCAAAGCCUCACUGUGUGUGUGUGGGGUGUGUGGGGUGUUUGGGACGGCAUGGGUGGUGGGGAACAAACCUUUUGCCCUUUUUCAUUUCACUGCCUGUUUUGUUAUUUUUGUGUGUCCUUUGAUUCUCUUGACCACUUUAACCUGUGCGGUCCAGUAGGUUUACUUAGAAAUGAUGAGACCAGAGGAGAGGAACUUUUGCGUUUCUUGCAUAUACGUUUCACAGGGUGCAGCGCCGCAGAUGUAUAAGUGAGGAGAGUUCUAUGACGGAGGUGAAGAUGUGUGUUUGUGCACGGGGUCGCGACGCCUUUUGAGGGUGAUGCACACACUGCCUUCUUGCUUUUGGCUCUGAGCUCUUGCUGCACGUGGAUUGCUGGGCUGCUGUUGUCCAGUAGCUCCCACCCAGUGGUCACUACAAAGGUUUUGUUUGCUGAAGACAAAUCUGAGCUCUUUAGUGAUAAUGUUUAUUUUCUUGGCUGUUCUGUAAACAACCUCAGCUUUUAAACUGCGCUUCGACUAUUGGUAGAAAAGGCAACAGGGUUUGGUACGUUCCGAAAAUUAGCUUUACAAAAGGGCAGUUGCAUAUUGAAUUUAUGGCUCCAUGUAAAGGGUGGUUUAAGUUUUUUCUAUUCAGGGAACUGAAGGGAGGGGCGGGGGGGGUUCGCUCAGUCCUGUGGUUUCAUAAAAGCUUAUUGGAAUAUUUCACUGUCCUUUUCCACAAUGCCAUGGUGUUGAGUUUUAGCACACAAUACAGACACAAACACAUAUACUGUAUGUCAGCAUCCAGCAGGAGAGGUUAUUUUCUUUACAGUUCAAGGAAUAUAAAACUUAAAUCAGUAGGACAGAUUUUAAGAUAAUGGGGGAUUCAACCCUGUACAACAGGCAGAUAACUGACAGCUUCUGUACAGUGUUUCUGUCAUUACCCACAAUGCAUUUGCACACUCUCUUGAUCCAGUUUCAAACCAAUAAAGAAAAGCUUGUACAUACA